AUGACGGAUUUGGACUCGUUUCUCAACAAGAAGAGUAAGAAACUCGCGGGUGGCAAGAAGAAGGCCAAGACUGGCGAGCUCUCCGAGAAGGAACGUGCGGAGCUCGGCAUAGAAGUCUUUGGCGGGCUCGAUGGUGCCGGUACAAGCGUCUUGCCGACGACUCAAGCAAUGGAAGCGAAGAGCAGCGGAAACAUCGACAACAACAAUGGGACGGUUGAACCACCUCCUGCAAACCCAGAAGGGGCUGCAGCGCCGUCAGGCCUCGCGCCUGUAGAAGCUGGGGCUGCAGGUGGUGGUGAUGAUGAUGGCGAUGCUUUGAACAAGAAGGAAAUCCCCACGGAAGUUGCAAUGCAAGUAGUCAAGACUUCCGAGAAAAAGGCCAAGGGCUGGGAAGACAUGAAGCUAAAGUCCGGAUCUGUCGAGGACCUCCUUGCAAAGGCUGCCGAAAAGUCGGGAGCGCGAAAGUUCGUGGCACGUGGGAACGGCGAGGCAACAGGCACGUUGGCGCGCGGUAUAAACCUCAGCUCAGCAGACCUGCCAACGCUGGAGGAUGUGGUGAGCGGGAAUGUGCCUGUAAAGAAAGAUCCAUCGCCAGAGUUGACUCAGGCAACUGCGUCCCCAACGACAAAAGCUGAAGGCGGAAGUUACAAGCCGCCCACAGACCGUCCAUCAGCAGGAGCAUACAAGCCCCCUACAGACCGUCCGUCAGCAGGGGCAUAUAAGCCCCCUACAGACCGUCCGUCAGCAGGAGCAUACAAGCCACCAACAGACCGUCCAUCAGCAGGGGCAUACAAGCCCCCAACAGACAGGCCCUCUCAAGGUGCAGAAGAAACAGCAACUGAUAAACCUUCAGAGGGGACUUACAAGCCGCCCACAGACCGUCCAUCAGCAGGGGCAUAUAAACCGCCCACAGACCGUCCAUCAACAGGGGCAUACAAGCCUCCAACAGACCGUCCAUCAGCAGGGGCAUAUAAGCCUCCCACAGACCGUCCAUCAGCAGGGGCAUAUAAGCCACCAACAGACCGGCCGUCUGCCGGAGUAUACAAACCUCCAAACAGAAACAAUGCCGCUUCGCCAAGCUAA